CGAUACGCCGCGUGGAUUUGUAACGGUUCCCCCCACGCAGACACGGCGGCGGCUGACGCGCACCGAGCGGCCGCGAAGCCUCUGAGGGAGCCGGAGCCCGCCCCGCGCUGGCGCAACCGCCGGGGCCGGGCCGGGCCGCUCCCCGCCCCGCCCCGCCCCGCCGGGGUACACCGGGCCGCGGACAGCAGGCCGCAUCAGGUUCUCGAGACAGAAGGUGCUAACCGCUUCUGGAAAAUGGCAGGGAAAAAUGUCCUGAUAGUCUAUGCACAUCAAGAGCCCAGGUCCUUCAAUGGAUCUUUGAAGACAGUUGCUGUGGAAGAAUUGAGCAAGCAGGGCUGCAGUGUCACAGUGUCUGAUUUAUAUGCAAUGCGGUUCGAGCCACGAGCAACAAGAAAUUACAUUGUUGGUUGCUUGCACAACUCAGAAGAGUUCAAUUAUGGCGUGGAGGCAUGGGAAGCUUACAAGAGAGGAGAUUUGUCCUGUGAUCUGAUUGAAGAGCAGGAGAAGGUGCAGGAAGCAGACUUACUGAUUUUUCAGUUUCCCUUGUAUUGGUUCAGCAUGCCAGCAAUCAUGAAGGGCUGGAUGGACAGGGUCUUGGUCCAAGGAUUUGCUCACGACUUUCCAAACUGUUAUGAUUCUGGUUUGCUCAAGAACAAAUUAGCCCUGUUUUCUUUCACCACUGGAGGAAGCCAAGAGAUGUAUGCAAAAGGAGGUAUCAGUGGUGAUAUUCGCUAUCUCCUGUGGCCCAUGCAGCAUGGAAUCAUGCACUUUUGUGGUGUCAAAGUCCUUGCACCUCACAUCUGCUUCAGUCCAGAGUAUGUCUCUGAGGAGAAGAGGAAGGAGAUGCUGAUUGCCUGGGCCCAGCGUCUGAAGACUCUUUGGAAGGAAGAACCCAUAAACUGCUCUCCUGAGUGGUAUUUCAAGUAAUGUUCAAGUACAAGACUACAAAGAGAAGCUUAUUUUUUUUCUCUCCUCUUUUUGGUGCUCUAUCUCAAUAUCUGAAUGCUAAUCUCCUAAUUCAAACAUAUUAUAAGUAUCUUGAGUACUACAGCUAGAAGCUUAACCGGCAAUAUAGCAUUUACCUUCAUUGAUUCCCAAGGAAUUCUCUUCAAUGAUGGGUGCAAAACUCUUUGUGAAUAAUUUUAUCCUUGCUUAUAUAAACAGUGACAUCCUGCCUACAAGUGGUUGAUAACACAAGUAGUAUUUAAUUGCAGAUUAUACCACUGUUGUUUAUGAAACAGUAAAGUACCUUGCCAAAUUUAUUUUAUCACUCUUUGUACCAGCUGCCACUUUUUUUUUUAUUAUUUGCCAGGGAAUAUGCUGUCCAUACUCAACCUUGUUAUGGACAAUCCUGUUCUUUUAAAUGAGAGCUCUAUACUCAUCUCUUUGAGCUAUAAACCCAGAUCAUGAAUAACGCAAUAGGAUGUACAGUUGCAGUGACUUAGACAGCUAGAAAGCCCUGUGGACAGCCUUAGGCUUUUCCACGUGUUUACGAAGCAAUAUUAAAGUUAGGACAGAUACCAGAAAAGGAAAGAAACAGAUACAAAUAUUGUAUAGCAGUAUGUGCAUGUCUUGCCUUUCUUUAUAGAAUGUAGAUCCCAUUUGUAAAGUAUGUCAUUUCUUAAAAUCAAAGGGAAUUCUCUAUUUUUGUUACCCUAAGACAAGAAGGAAUCCUGUGUGUUCCCUGCCCUUUCGCACCAGUCAGUAUUGCUGUUUGGGUCUGGAGGGCUGGGUGCAUCGCCUCCGGCAUCAGCGUAGGUGGGCUUCCUUGGAGAUCUCCAGUGAGGAAGAAUGCCUGCCUGAAAACCUGCAGGAACAAUGUCUGUCUACAAGCCAGGAUCUAGUGGGACAAAAUGUCUGUCUGGCUCUUAACGUCCGUGAUUUUUACCUUCAGCUUUAGCAGGAUUAUUUUUGUGUUUGAGAGCUGUUAACCCUUUUUGAGCAUAUGUCAAAGGGUGGGUUUCUUGCUUAGCUACACAAUUUCCUGCUUUGAUCAGCCUACCUAACAGCUGGCUUUGUAUUUUGAUAUUAAAAGAAUGUGUCCUGAA